GAAACUGGAGCUUGUUGACACUUAAAGUCGCAACUCUUGAAAAUAGUUCAGUUGUUUAGGUUCUACUGAGUAAACGUUCGUUAUUGUGGAUAAAAUGCGACAAAUUCUUUUAAUGUGUAUAAUCGGCAUGGCCCUAUAUAGGAUCACUGUCGCAGGUUCAGUCGGUGAGCCCAUUUCGGAAUUGACUCUGCACUUGAAUCUAAUAACUGAGAUUCUGGAAAAAAGGUUCAGCCUUUUUGCUGAAACUUUGCACGAGAGAUUGACGAGCUUUGAAAACCGGCUGACACAAUUGGAAUGCUCAAAGAACUGUACAGCUCCAAACGGAGGCUCCCCGUCUUUUGAUUAUGGAUCCCGUGAAAGCGAAACAGGAAAUAAAGGCAUGAAGCCGGAAGAAAAUGAAAAAGAGGAAGUUUCCAAGAAUGUACAGAUUCCAAAUGGAGAAGACACGAUCCAAUCCCGAUUAGAUGAUAUUGAAAAUGACCUUUUAAAACAGAAAGUAAACCAGGAUAGAAAUAAAUCAACAGAUGAAGACGAAGACGAAGCGAUAAAAUCUAUUGAUUCCCUGAUUGAAAUAAUUCAAAAAAUGUUAGAUGAGGAAGAAGAAGCAGAACCCGGUACAACAAUUACUGAUCAAACUAAAAGUACUGGAAGAUCUAGUAAUCAGCCCGUGACUACUGACACUUCUUUGCUGGCUGAGCAAUAUAUAAAUUGGGUGAAACUUCAAAACAAAAUUAAACAGGAACUAAUUACUGAUGACACAGGCACCACUGACAGCACCACUACUAAUACUACUGAUGAUGCUGGAAAAUAACGAUGGAAAAAUAUACUAUAUAUAUAUAAAUAGUUAAAAGGCGUUCGAAAAGAAACAAUUGUCUUCAACAAACAACCACAAAA